CAAUCAUUGGUUACACAAUGAAAGUGAUGUCACUAUUAAAUGGAUAACACAUGCAAUACAUGUGACACAUGUUGUGAUUGUUUUUGGAUGUAAUUAUCACUGAAAAAAAACUAAGAAGUAUUGGCCGCCAAUAGAUCACAUCAACAAAGAUGACUAACAAAAGGGUCAAUAAUAAGUUACCCACAAAUCUGCCACAACUGCAGAAUUGUAUCAAAAGAGAUGCCAACGGAUAUAAAGAUGAGUUUAACCAACAAUAUGAUCACUAUCGGUCACUUCUGCAAGUGUUUCAAUUUAAUCCAUCAGCCAAUGACAAGAACUUCCAGGAGUUGGUUAUGUUUAUAUCACACGUCAGCCACUGUUUUCCCAAAGAUUUAUCUGAAUUUCCCAAUGAAUUGAUGAGUACUUUGAAACUGUUUUCGGCAAAUCUGAAUCCCGACGUCCGUAUGACAUUAUGUCGCGCUUUAAUACUUUUGCGAAACAAAUCGCUGAUCACUCCUCAAGACAUGCUUUCGCUGUUCUUUGAAUUACUUCGCUGUAAUGAUAAAAAUUUGCGACAAUUUCUGAAACAACACAUUAUAACAGACAUCAAGAAUGUCAACUCAAAGCAUAAGAAUGCAAAGAUGAAUACAGUUUUACAAAACUUCAUGUUCUCGAUGCUUAAGGACAGCAACAAAGUGGCCGCAAAGAUAUCGUUGGAGAUAAUGAUUGAAUUGUAUAAUAAAAAUGUUUGGAAAGACGCCAAAACUGUUAAUGUGAUUGCGAGCUCUUGUUUCUCGAAGAUCACCAAAAUUUUAGUUACUGGACUAACAUUUUUUCUUGGCAACGAUGAAGUUAAGGAAGACUCGGAUUCAGAUGAUAGCGAUUCCGAUGAUGAUAAUCAACCGAACGCUUUGGAGGUUGCAAUGGCUAACAGAGUGAAUAAGAAAUCCAAUAAACGAAAGAAACUAUUGGCCAGAACUAAGAAAGCUGUUAAAAAAGCCAAGAAAAACGAUAAAGUAGUUUCGUUCAACUUUUCAGCCAUUCAUCUGAUCCAUGAUCCACAAACAAUGGCCGAACGGCUCUUUAAAUCUCUGCAGACUUGUAACGAAAGAUUUGAAGUUAAACUAAUGUUUAUGAACUUAAUUUCACGAUUAGUUGGUAUUCAUGAACUGAUUUUAUUGAAUUUUUAUCCAUUUAUCCAACGAUUUAUUCAAUCACAUCAACGAGAAGUUACCAAAAUAUUGCAAUACACGGCACAGGCAGCCCAUGAACUCGUACCGCCAGAUGUUAUUGAACCGCUACUCAAACAAAUUGCCAACAAUUUUAUAACCGAAAGAAACUCGAGCGAAGUCAUGGCCGUUGGUAUCAACUCUAUUCGUGAAGUAUGUUCUCGUUGUCCUCUUGUUAUGACUGAGGAUCUUCUUCAAGAUUUAGUUGAAUAUAAAACAUUCAGAGAUAAAAACGUAUCGAUGGCAGCGAAAUCAUUGAUCCAAUUGUUUAGAUUGAAAAAUCCGCAUUUGUUGAAAAAGAAGGAUAGGUCCAAACCAACUGAAGCCAAUUUGCAGAUUAAGGCCAAACAAUACGGAGAAGUUGUGGCCAGUGAUUUCAUUGAUGGUGUAGAAACACUUAAUGAAACGGUCGACAGUAAUAUUGAUGACAAUAAUGAUGAACCACAAGAUGAUGAUGACGAUAGUGAAGGUUGGAUUAAUGUUAAUCAUUCUGAAGAUGAAGAUAGUGAUGGCUUUAUAGAUGUCAGCGAUUCAGAUGAUGAGGAUGAAAGUGGUGACGAGGAAUCUAAAGAAGAUAUGAAAACUUCUAUAUCGGAUCCUAAAGAAAAAGCUGCACUCAUAUCGUCAUCGCGUAUACUAACUCAAGAAGAGUUUCGAAAAGUAAAGGCAAUACAACUGUCGAAACAGAUAUCGGCGGCCAAACCGCGAAAAUUUAAUAAAAAUGCUAAAUCUGAUGAACCACAAGAUGUGAGACAAGUAUUUGAACCAAAAGAAAUUGUUCCGUUGAAUGCCAUCGAAAGACUUUAUAAGAAAAGCAGAGCAGACAAAGAAAUGCGAUUAGAGUCAGUUCGCGAGGGACGGGAGGGAAGGGAUAAGUUUGGCGCUAAAAAGGGUAAAUCCAAUCCAUUUUCAAGUAAAAACAAGAAAGAAAACCUGAGAAAUAAAAACUUUCAAAUGAUUAAACACAAGAUUAAGACCACAAAGAAAAAAUCAUUUAAAGAAAAACAAGUGGCUUUGAAAAAUCGUUUACUUAAAAAAUGCAAAUAAAUUGUGUGUAUAAUAUACAGUACUAUACAUUAGAUAUAUUUAUAAUUUAUUUAUAUAUUUUUUGUAAAUAU